CACGGGAAAUGUAGUUUACAAAACAGAAAAGGGGAUAGAAAGCUCAGCCAACGGUCCCUUGUACCCCCCCACCUCUCCCGCUGAUUGCACAGAGUGGCAGGCUGGCUGAGGGUGAUGGGCCUCCCCUCCUACAGCGGGAGGCUGGCUGAGGGUGAUGGGACUCCCCUCCUGCAGGCGUGGGUCUCUGCGCAGCCUCCCUGCCGCCUCCCCAGCCCUGGGAGAAUGGCGAUGAACAAUUUCCUCUUCGCCCAGUGCGUGCUCUAUUUCCUGGCCUUCCUCUUCAGCUUUAUCGCCGUGAUUCCCCUCUCCGAGAACAGCACCGACUUCCACGGGAACUGCCUGCUCUUCACCCAGGGAGUGUGGCUCAGUGUGAACGCCACUCAGGAGAGGGAGCACUUCGCGGUGGAGGAGUGGGGGCCGGAGUCAGCCUGCAGGUUCAGCGUGUUCACCGGCCUGCUCUCCCUGCUGGUCUGCGCGGUGCAGGCUUGGAGGAGCGUCUUCUACCUGUGCAAGGGCCAUGAGGACUCAUUCUUUUAUGCCUUUGUGAAUCUGCUGAUCAGUUCCUUCGUAGUAUUUGUCAUCUUUAUUGCAAGCACCAUAGUCAGUGUUGGAUUUAACAUGUGGUGUGAAGCAAUCACAGAGAAAGGAACUAUGCCUAACAGCUGUGAAGAGCUACAGGCUAAAGAUCUGAAACUUAAUUUGGAAAAUUCAUCUUUCUAUGAUCAGUUUGCCAUUGCACAGUUUGGUCUUUGGGCAGCCUGGCUUACUUGGUUCGGUAUCACAAUACUAACGUUCCUUAAGGUGUACCACAAUUAUAGGCAGGAGGACCUGCUGGACAGCCUGAUUCAAGAAAAAGAGCACUUGAUUGGAAAGUCAUCUUCUCACAGCUCAAUGGAAGGGGAGAGAAAUGGCAUGAUUUGAUACUAGUCAGUAAGCCAUAAUGUUUUGUUGUUAAUUUGUCAGAUUUCCUUACACUAUACGACAACAUAUCGGAGCUUGCCAGUAUGCAAGAAACAUUAAAACGCAUGCUAUUUUUUUUCCUUAAUAAACCCCUCGAGCAGGCAUAUUGUGAUGCUGUAUGUUGACAGAAAUAAUCUAGCCAAAAAUGUAACUAGUACUUAAAUAGGUAAAAGGCCUAUUUCCUACCCUACAAGGUAAUGCAUGCUAACACAUAAUAUAAUUAUUUAUACAAUAAAAUAGAUAUUUAUUCAUACGAUAAUAAACUGCUAUG